CAGAGCAGCACACCGCCUCCAACAAGGGCGGGGGGGGGGAAUCUAUUACGGUGAAAAAUUAGCAGAGGGCAACUUUGCUGGAAGCGGCAAGGAUUGUGAGCAGAAACCUUCGAAACGUCUCAACGGCAAGAUGUUGAAAAACUCAAAGGUGACAGAUCAAACUGCCGCCGGGCGGAAGGGAAUCAAGAAGAAGUCCAAAGUGCCGGGUGUAAUGAUAACACAGUUUGAGGAGGAACUUCCAGAGGGAAUGACAACCCCGGAUUUUUCCCGCAAACCCAUCGCGAUCACGAUUCAAGAAGGAAAGAGUACAUUAUUCAAAGCCAUAGUCAUCGGGAAUCCAAAACCCACAGUCACGUGGACGCGAGCAAAUGGAGACAUCGUUUUCCACCCGGACACCUGUCGGCAGAAUUACAGCGAAGCCUCUCACGAGCAUACUCUGGAGUUUCCCAAGGUGGCUCCGGAGGAUGCUGACACCUACAAGUGUUACGCAACAAAUGAUUACGGAAGAGCUGUUUGCACCGCCGUCCUGAACGUUAUUGAGGGUAUUUGGGACAUUGAAAAUAUCCCAGACUUUCUUCGGAAAAAGCUUAAAAAGCGGUCGGUGGGAGUGCAAGACGAAAAGAUGGCGAUGCCAGAGGAGAAGGUGUGGGAAAUCCUCAUGAGCGCCGAUAAGAAAGACUACGAGCGCAUCUGUGCUGAAUACGGGAUCACCAACUUCCGCGGGAUGCUGAAGAAACUGAAGAAGAUGAAGCAAGAGCUCGGCGAAGAUAUUACAGAGUAUCUUGCACGCAUGAAUAAUGGCAAACACAUCGAGGAAGAUGAUGACGGUGAAGCUACAAUUGACUUGGAUUUGGAGCUCAGAGAACUGAAUAGUAAAGUAGUCCGUUAUAAGGAUGGCGAAAUGGUCGCCUACACAAAAGAAGAAUGCGACGAAAUGAAAUAUUCUCUGAAGCAAAAACACGACACGGGGCUCUACUCCACGGAUACGACUGUCGACUUUAAAGAAUGUUUCCUGUGUUUGCAUAAUCCCGCAGCACCUGAUGUCGACUUUGCUCUCAAAAUCCAAGAGGUCAAGGCAGACGAAAGAGAGGAUGCAAUGUUUACAUGCAUCCUGACGGCGCCUCUGAAUGAGAUCAAGUGGUUGGGCAAGAAUGUCCCACUGUCAAAUGGAGAAAAGUUCGAAAUCACCGUCUCGGAAGAUAAGCUCAUCCACAAGCUGAUCGUGCAUGACUGUCUGCCAUUGGACGCCGGAACCUACACUGCUGUGGCAGAUGCCAAGUCGUGCAAUGCCUGGCUUAUGGUUGAAGCGGAUAAAGAGAGUAGCACCAAAGGAACGAAAGCCGCUCGGAAAAAUACCUUGGCCGGGGGUGGUGAUGACGAAGACUUGCUGAGGAUUGCCAAGGAACAGCAGGAAAGGUACCAGAAAGAAAUGGAGGAGAAGCUGGAGCUUGCCAGGAAGCGCAUCAGAGUAAGGCAAGGCCCACUGAUCGAGGACACAAUCAUUGUUGGUUAAUCUUCAGACCCAGGUGUUCACUUCCACAUCGGACUCUCCGACUGCAAAGCCAUCAUUGGGGAAGAGGCCGAGCUUAUGUGUAAACUCAGCAGCGAGGACUGUGAGGGCAUCUGGUACAAAGAUGGAGAAGAGAUAAAGGCGACAGAGGCUAUGACCAUUAUAAAAGAAGGAAGCUACCAUAAGUUGAAACUGCACAAAGUCCCGGAAGAAUUUGCUGGAAAAUAUAAGUUUGAAGCAGACGGACGGAAAACGGAGGCCUUAGUGGUUGUUGAAGAUCCCCCAAGAUUCAACCAAGAGGACUUAGAAACCUUUAUCAAUCCUGUUAUGGUGAAAAAGGGGCACAAAGCAACCUUCAGGUUAGCGUACCUGGGACGGGAGCCUAUAAAAGUUCAGUGGUUCCUCGAAGGGGAAGAGCUUUCGGACGAGGCCAACAUCAAGCUGGAAACCUCGGACGGCUGCACACGUCUGCUUCUGAUCAAGCUGCAGCGCAAGGACAGUGGUGAAGUCAAGCUGAAGCUCAAAAAUGAGUUUGGCGCUGCCGAGGCCUUAACUGAACUGAUUGUAUUAGCAUAUCCUGGACCUCCAUCAACACCAAAGGUUGUCAGUGCCUUCAAGGACUGCAUCAACCUUUCUUGGUCUCCUCCUGGCAAUACGGGAGGCACCAAUAUUCUUGGAUACAACCUUGAAAAGCGCAAAAAGGGAAGCAAUCUGUGGGGUCAAGUUAACCCACCAGACGAGUUGAUAAGAGCGAAAGGCUUUGCUGUUAAAGAUGUGGUAGAGGGAAUGGAAUAUGAAUUUCGUGUGUCAGCUAUCAAUAACUCUGGAGCGGGUGAAUUCAGCACACCUUCCGAUUUUGUCUUUGCCAGAGAUCCCAAAAAGCCUCCCGGAAAAGUCAUCGAUUUGAAGGUGACAGACUCCAGCUAUACAACUCUAUGCCUGUCUUGGACCAAACCCAAGGACAUUGAGAAAGUCCAGGAUGAAGCCAAAGGUUACUUUGUAGAGAUCCGGCCCGCAGAGAGCACAGAAUGGAAUCGUUGCAAUUCCAACUUGGUGACCACAAAUUUCUACACGGUGAAAAAUAUGAAGUCAAUGGCCAUGUACUGGGUGAGAGUGAUCGCGAUCAACGAUGGCGGCGAGGGAGAACCACAGGAACUGGAUAACUAUGUCCUUGCGAUGCCGCCUCCCGUGAGACCACGCUUCACUGACACCAAAAUCAAGAGCUUCAUGGUCGUCCGAGCUGGAAAUUCAGCACGGCUUACAAUGAACUUUGAGGCCUCGCCCUGGCCCGAGGUCACGUGGCUGAAAGACGACGUGCCGGUCACUAAAAAAGUGACGAUUAGCAAUGCGGAAGGCACUUCGCAGCUCCUGAUUCCUUCCGCUGAGCGCUCAGACUCCGGUGUCUACACCAUUGUUGUCAAAAACAUUGUGGGACAAGAAACCUUCAGCAUUGAAAUAAGAGUCACAGAUGAACCAAAGCCACCAGGUCCAGUUGAAAUCGAGGAAAACGUACCAGGCACGGUGACCAUUUCAUGGGCGCCUUCUCCAGAUGAGAAACGUGACGACAGGUUGCAUUACAUGGUUAUGAAGAGAGACUCCAGCAAGGGGACAUGGAUGACCGUGGCAGAUCACAUCUUUAACAAUAAGUUCACAGCCUGCAAUAUAAUGCCGGGCUGCGAGUACCAGUUCCGAGUCUACGCGAAGAAUGACAUGGGCUCCUCCAAACCCUCUGAAUCACCAAAGUGGCUGGUAUCAAACAAGAAAGAGAAGUUCACAGUGAAUAUACCAGAAUCCAAGACCUGCGAUCUCCAGUGCCCCCCAAAGUUCCUCGUCCCGCUGAAAAUGCACACCGCUCCCCAAGGAUACGAAUGCUACAUGAGUUGCGCUUUAAAGGGUGACCCGACACCUCACGUCACGUGGCUUCGCAACAACAUAAGCCUGAAUACCAACACCAACUACUACAUCUCCAAUACCUGCGGAGUCUGCUCUCUACUCAUACUGAGGGUCGGACCCAAGGACACCGGAGAGUACAAGGUGGUGGCAGAAAACCCCCGAGGGAGAGCAGAGUGCUCCACCAAGUUGACAGUUAGGGAAUAAAAAAUGUAAAAAAAAAACCUGGAGAAGAUGGAGGACUUUUGACCACAAAAAAAGUAAAGCUGUCACACAAAUCAUUGCUGCUGAUUUUCAGUGA